AUGCCUUCUCUUGAAAAAUUACCACGCGAAGUUCUGUGCGAGAUCCUGAAGCACUUGCACGAUGGCUUCAAAAGACAUCGUUUUGGUGGAUAUGACCAGCCCGUGGGUGAGCAUGAGUUGAAGGAGUUGAAACGACGGGAGUAUCUAAUUUCUAUGCGUGCUGUAAACCGUCUGCUCUGCGGAUUAGCCACCCCUGUACUCUUUUAA